AAUUGAAUGAAUAUUUGUAUAAGAAUGAAAGAGAAGAAAAAUUUGAAAUGAGAAAAAUAGGAAAAAAAAGGUGAACGAAAAUUGAGUGAUUUUUCCUGUUGUCGCACUGUUGUUGUGUCAGUGCUAUUUUGACGCGCGUUCCGAACAUAUCCAUAUCACGGAAGGUACCGCGGUCGCUCAUAUUUAUUAUAUAUCGCCAAAUCACAGCCGAAUAAAAAUUCGUAAAAAUAUACAAAAAAGGAAAAAGAGUUACGUGUUAUUUGGAGAUACAAAAGCAGCAAAGAGAUACAAUAUCGUGUGUUUUUUUUAUUUUGUUUUGUGGGGGAUUUUUUGAAGGAAAUUUUUUUUCGAAGAGUGUCUAAUAUGAUAAAUGUGUAACUGUCCUCCGGUCAGUUUUUGAGACCAUAACGUGACGUUUUUGUUGCCCGUAAUAACUCAAAUACAAAAAUGUAUACACACAUGCACAUAUUCUUAUAUUGAUACACAACAAACGGCAAAUAAGAGUUACGAUACGAUACCGAUAAGAACGUGGGGAGGGGUAGGCGCGCAUAACAGACUACAGUGUGAUGGAUGAGUGAAGUGUAUAGUAUGCCUAUGUAAUGCACGCAUAUACAUAUACAUUCAUACAUAUAUACAAUAUAUGUGGUGUUUUCAAUUAUUAUGACGAUGAUGAUGAUGAUGAGCACCUAGAGUUAUUAUUCGUUUAUUCGAAAAUAAUGAUGACAGUUGAUGACGGCAACGUGCAGUGUAAACACACAUCACAAUCACAACACUAAAAAAAAAAAAAAACACCACACACCCGAUUUAUCUUCUCCUACACAAUUAAAAAUAUUGUUUAUUAAAAAAGAAAAAAAAUAAUAAUUUUUAAAAAAAAGUUUCUUCUUUUUAUACAAAAUUGACUGUGCAACCGGUAACGCGUAUUUUUGACACAACAAAAAGGAUUUAAUAAAAUUUUAUUAAAAAUUAAGAAAUGCAUACAAAUAUGAAGUGAAGUGAAGAAAAAAGUUGAAAAACGAAAAAGGAUUAAACAAAAAACAAAAAAAGUUGAAACAUAAAAAAGAAAAAUGAAACGAAGAUUUAAAUUGAAUUUAUCGAGAUGAUAAUUCGAAUGAAUUGAACGCGUCUCGGGGACACAAAACAACAAAGUGCGGUUGUGAUUUUUUGAGGUUUUUCUUGAAUUUUAUUUAUUGCCAUGUUUAAUUAACCUCAAUGUUUCCGGGUUUUUAAGUUUAUUAAAAAAAAAAAAAAAAAAAUAAAUAAAUAAAUAAUAAUAUUUUUAAAUGAAAAAUAAUUUUAUUACAUUAUUGGGUGAAAUGCGAAGUGAUUUUAAAGAUAAUCAAGAUACUAUCAAUAAAAUGAUACAAUUUGGAACUGUUAAAUAUGGAAUUGUUAAGCAGCUUAAGGAUCGAACGAGAUCUGAACGAGAUAUAACAAGUGACCAAGAAGAAAUUGGCUCAUGUUCACCCAGUUGCAAGUCAAAUAGUCCUGAUAUUCAAAUGCAAUCGCAACAUUCGCCCGCAGCUUCAAAUGCUGAUGAAGAAAUUGAUACAACAAUAACUGCUACGCCAGCUGCAAGUGCAAGUGUUGCCUUUAGUUUAGCUGAUACACGAACAAUGUUAGAUAAUCAUAAUCAUCAUCAUCAUCAUCAUCACCUACAUCAUAUGCAUCAUCACCUGAAUCCAUUUAGUCAUUUAAGUAAUCAUAGUAAUAGUGGUUUAGAAGAUCACAUCAAUCACAAUAAUAAUAACAAUAAUAACAACAAUAGCCUAAUGUCACCGCUAGAUGGCAAUGAUACACAUUUGCCGCCUGCUCCUACCCAUCACCAUCAUCAUCAACAGCAAGCUGAAAUGAUGGGUGGUUUGAAAGGCGAACAACAUACAUAUCUGCAAGAAAUUGAAAGAAUUAAUACUAAAUUACCAUCGCCAACGCCACCUGAUUUGGAAAUUAAUAACCAGCCUUUGGAUAGGCGAUCGCCAGAGGUGGUGGUGGGAGAAGAAACUCUGAAAGAACAGCAGCUUAAAAGUGAGAAGACUGAAGAGAGGGAAGAAAUCCAAGUGAUGGAACGGGAAACAACUGAAAAGACUGCUGCAAUGGCGAUAGAACCUGAACAGAGAGUCCCAACUCCACCAACCGAAGGUGAUAAGCCGAAUGAUGAAGACUGCACAGAGGAAGAAAACCAACCCAUCUCGACGCCACCAGCGAGUAGUUCACCUCUGCAAAUGCCACAGUUCCCAGCGCCAGGUCCAGUUACACUGGAGGCAAUACAAAAUAUGCAAAUGGCGAUUGCCCAAUUCGCCGCAAAGACAAUUGCCAAUGGCAAUGCCGGCGCUGACAAUGAAGCAGCCAUGAAACAACUGGCUUUCUUACAACAAACGCUCUUCAAUCUUCAGCAGCAGCAACUGUUUCAGAUUCAACUGAUCCAACAGCUGCAGUCACAGCUUGCCAUGAACCAAGGUGGAAAGAGUGAAAAUGAGGGCGAAGAUGAAAAUGAAGACAUUGAGCUGGAUGAAGAGCCUGAAAGACAUAUAGAACUGGAUGACGAUCGUGAAUUGGAGCCAGGUGAGAUUAAUGUAAAACGUGAAAGACUCGACGAUGAUAUGCGUUGCCAAGACGAAGAAAUGCAAGCAUCAAAUACCAGUGAGUCAAACAACAAUGAAUCACUGAAACGAAAACGGGAAGAAUACGAUGAAUACAGCAGAAACAAUUCGCUUCAAAUGAUGGCGAGCAUGAAACAGGACGAAAACAUGCCGCUGCCUUUCGGUAAUGAUUUGGCUUCGAGCAUUAUUACAAAUCAUGAUGAUCUUCCAUCACUGGACGAACCUAAUUCCCUAGAAAUGCUUCAGCGAAGAGCUCAAGAAGUACUUGAUUCUGCAUCGCAAGGCAUUUUAGCUAAUAAUCUUGCCGAUGAAUAUGCCUUUGGCAAGGAUGGCAAGACAGCCGAUGGCAAGAGUCGCAACGAACCGUUCUUCAAACACCGGUGCCGGUACUGCGGCAAGGUAUUCGGUUCGGAUUCAGCUUUACAAAUACACAUUCGCUCUCACACCGGAGAGCGACCGUUCAAGUGCAAUGUUUGUGGGAGUCGCUUCACCACCAAGGGUAACCUCAAAGUCCAUUUCCAGCGACAUGCGCAUAAAUUCCCUCAUAUUCCUAUGAAUGCAACACCCAUUCCCGAGCACCUUGACAAAUUCCAUCCACCUUUGCUGGAGCAGAUGUCACCGGACAGUUCGCCAACACAUCAGCCGCAGAUGCCACAACAAAUGCCUCCCGUGUCAUUGCCUCUACCAUUCCCACCGAGUGCAGGUUAUCCUGGACUUCCCGGUCUCUAUCGUCCACCGUUGGAUAUCCUGAAGACACUUGGACCGUAUCCUAAUCCGUUUUUCCCAUCUCUACCGCAUUUGCCACCAGCCAUGGCAGCGGCUUUAAAACGAAAUGAAGAACUGCCAACUGACCUUCGCAAGCCAUCGCCUCCGAAUUCGCCGGAACAGGUGAAGGAACCUGAGCCUGAACAAGAGAGAGCCAAUGCAAGAAGUGUGACUCCACCACCAGUUGUUGAAGAAGAACCAUUGAGCUUAAAAAUCAAACAAGAGGCAGUUCAAGAGGAGAACGAACUGUCCCGGGAUAGUGAAAGAAUGUCAACACCACCACCGGCAGAAGCACCUCCAUCUCUACCACUACCCCCUCCACCGGCACCAGUAACCCAAGUGUCACCACCAACACCGAUCAUCUCGGUGAGACCACUUGCCCCCGCAACUCCACCAACCCCAACGAAAUCAGCUUUGCCUCCAGUGGUGCAACCCCAACAACCAGCGAUACAUCCCCAACCAUCACCGGGACCAAUUCCUCCGCAAAAUAUCGAACUUCUCCCAACUCCCGGACAACUACCUCCGUCAUUUCACCGAGAUGACUUCUUUGCCGAUCGGUUUCCAUUGAACUUUACGAAAACCUCGCCCGACCGUCGAUCACCAAUCCGCAGUCCAGCGAGUUUCCCUCGAUCACCAUUCUUCGGAGCGGCUAUGAAGCAUGAAAUGGCACUUCUCCCAAGGCCCCAUAGCAAUGACAAUUCAUGGGAGAAUUUCAUUGAAGUCUCCAAUACCUCGGAGACUUUGAAACUAAAAGAAAUGAUGAAGAACAAAAAACUCACCGAUCCCAAUCAAUGUGUGGUGUGUGACCGAGUGUUGUCGUGUAAAAGUGCCUUACAGAUGCACUAUCGGACGCAUACCGGUGAGCGACCAUUCAAGUGCAGGAUAUGCGGUCGGGCUUUCACGACCAAGGGAAAUCUAAAAACCCACAUGGCAGUUCAUAAAAUUCGUCCACCAAUGCGCAAUUUCCACCAGUGUCCUGUGUGUCACAAAAAAUACUCCAAUGCCUUGGUGUUGCAGCAACACAUUCGCCUGCACACUGGUGAGCCCACCGAUCUGACGCCCGAGCAAAUUCAGGCGGCAGAAAUUCGUGAUCCACCACCGUCGAUGAUGCCGGGAGCGUUCUUGAAUCCGUUCGCUUUUCAUUUUGGUGCAAUGGGACCUGGAGGUCCUCACAAUGGAGCCAUGGGAUCUGAGUCGUCUCAAGGUGAUAUGGAUGACAACAUGGAUUGUAGUGAUGACUAUGAAGAUGAUGUUUCCUCGGAACAUAUGUCGUCGAUUCAUGAUGAAUCUAUCGACCGGCCAAAGUCUGGAGAUGAAAUGAAGGGUAUGUUGUUUGAGCAAAAACUUAAAAUCGAGGCAAAUACUAGUUCGGCGCCAACAAGUCCCGUAGAAAAUACUCCUACCAACAAACCACCGGCAUCUCCCGAAGAUAGUUCCGGUGCGUUAGAUCUCACCCCGAGGUCUCAACUGAGUCAGCAACAACCACCUGCUCCAGCACCUGCAAAAAUACCAACACCUCCAACGCCCCCUCAAUCUAAUCCUCAACCACCUCAACAACAACCACAACCACCACAGCCUCCACCACCGCAACAACAACAUAGCCCGAUUGCUCCAAGCCAUCCAAACAUGUUCCUACACCACCAGCAACAUCUUCACCAACAACUACAUCAUCAUCACCAGCAACAACAGCAUCAGCAACAUCUGCAUCAACAACGGCAGCAACAAGAAGCUCAACAACAAUCCCAGCAACAAUCGCAACAGCAACAUCAUGCCUUGCAACCUCCACCACCACCUCAACCAAAUCCGGCCAUGAUAUCUGCACGUCCGCCAUUCGGAAUGUUCCCCAACAUUCCGCUCUUCCCGCCAGCAACAACACAGAAUAUGUGCACCGCCAUGAACUCUAUAGCUCAGUCGGUGAUGCCAGCGGCACCAUUUAAUCCACUAGCACUUUCGGGCGUCAGAGGGAGCACAACUUGCGGUAUCUGCUUCAAAACAUUCCCAUGCCAUUCGGCUUUAGAAAUCCACUAUAGGAGUCAUACCAAAGAGCGACCAUUCAAAUGCUCGAUCUGUGAUCGAGGUUUCACAACUAAGGGCAAUCUUAAACAACACAUGCUCACGCAUAAAAUUCGGGACAUGGAGCAAGAGACUUUUAGAAACAGAGCUGUCAAGUAUUUAGGCGGCUGGAAAGAAGAAUACGAGUAAAUACAAUCAAAAUCUUUUGAUAUCCAACAUAGUCCAUCCUGAGCUUAUCAAAAGGAAUCCUUUUAAUUUUGCUCCUUUCCCGAAAGUGAUUUUAUCAAAAAGUUAAACUGUCGCCCUAUAAAAUGAUCUCAUGAAAUUCCUUUACUAAAAAUAUAUUAAAAACAAAAGUCAUCUUGAAACAAAAAAAAAAAAAUC